CCUGUGCCGAGGGGCAGGGCCGGGGAGGCGGGCGCCCCUUUCCCUUCCCUUCCCCUCUCCUCCCUCCCCUCCGCUUCCCGUCCCUGCCCCUUCCCCCAUGGCGGCGCUGGGCGACACGGCGCGGCUGGCGGCGGCGGCGCAGCGCGGGGCGGCGGCGCUGUGAGGAGCCGCGCGGGGCCUGGGCGGGCAUGGCGGGCCGCGGCCGCCGCGCCUGGCUCAGCGUCCUGCUGGGGCUGGUGCUGGGCUUCGUGCUCGCAUCGCGCCUCGUCCUGCCCCGCGCCUCCGAGCUGGCGGCGGCGGCGCGGCCCCGCCGAGCCCGCCCGCAGGGCUGCCGCCCGCUGCCUGCCGCCGCCGCCGCCGCCCCGCCGCGCCGCCCCGGUUCGCCGGCACAGAGCUUUCUCUUCGUGGGGGUGAUGACGGCGCAGAAGUACCUGCGGAGCCGCGCCGUGGCCGCCCACCGAACCUGGUCCAAAACCAUUCCUGGCAAGGUUGAAUUCUUCUCCAGCGAGGGUUCGGACACCUCUAUUCCCAUUCCCAUCGUGCCGCUUCCAGGUGUAGAUGACUCUUACCCACCCCAGAAGAAAUCUUUCAUGAUGCUCAAAUAUAUGCAUGACCACUACUUGGACAAAUACGAAUGGUUUAUGAGAGCUGAUGAUGAUGUUUACAUCAAAGGGGACAAACUGGAGAACUUCCUCAGGAGUUUGAACAGCAGCGAGCCCCUCUUUCUUGGGCAGACUGGCCUUGGCACCACGGAGGAGAUGGGGAAGCUGGCGCUGGAACCAGGCGAGAACUUCUGCAUGGGGGGACCAGGAGUGAUCAUGAGCCGGGAAGUCCUGCGUAGAAUGGUGCCACACAUUGGCGAGUGCCUGAGAGAGAUGUACACCACUCACGAGGACGUGGAAGUGGGAAGAUGCGUGCGGAGGUUUGCGGGAGUGCAGUGUGUGUGGUCCUACGAGAUGCAGCAACUGUUUUAUGAAAAUUAUGAGCAGAACAAAAAAGGCUACAUCCGAGACCUGAGGAACAGCAAAAUACACAGAGCUAUAACGCUGCACCCCAAUAAGAACCCCCCAUACCAGUACAGACUUCACAGCUACAUGUUGAGCCGCAAGAUAGCAGAGCUGCGCCACCGGACUGUACAGCUGCACCGGGAAAUUGUCCUGAUGAGCAAAUACAGCAAUACAGAAAUCCACAAAGAUGACCUGCAGCUGGGCAUGCCACCCUCCUUCAUGCGAUUCCAGCCCCACCACCGGGAAGAAAUCUUGGAGUGGGAGUUUCUUACAGGAAAGUAUUUGUAUUCGGGUGCCGAUGGGCAGCCCCCUCGAAGAGGAAUGGACUCUUCGCAGCAUGAAGCAUUGGAUGACAUUGUUAUGCAGGUCAUGGAAAUGAUCAAUGCCAACGCUAAGACCCGGGGGAGGAUCAUAGAUUUCAAGGAAAUACAGUACGGCUAUCGCAGAGUAAAUCCGAUGUAUGGAGCAGAGUAUGUUCUUGACUUGUUGCUUCUGUACAAAAAGCAUAAGGGGAAGAAGAUGACCGUCCCCGUCAGGAGGCACGCCUACUUGCAGCAGACGUUCAGCAAGAUCCAGUUUAUGGAGCAUGAAGAGAUGGACGCCAAAGAGCUGGCCAGCAAAAUCAACCAGGAUUCCGGAUCCUUGUCUUUCCUCUCCAACUCACUGAAGAUGUUUGUUCCCUUCCAGCUCAGCAGAUCAAAAGUGGAGAGGAAGGAACUCAAAGACAAGAAGAUCAACAUCCUGAUUCCUCUCUCCGGACGUUUUGACAUGUUUGCAAGGUUCAUGGGGAAUUUUGAAAAGACGUGCCUCGUUCCAAACCAGAAUGUCAAGCUGGUUGUCCUGCUUUUCAAUUCCAACUCCAACCCUGACAAAGUGAAACAGAUCGAGCUGAUGAGAGAUUACCGCUCCAAAUACCCCAAGGCUGACAUGCAGGUUUUACCAGUGUCUGGGGAGUUCUCGAGGGCGCUGGCUCUGGAAGUCGGAUCUUCUCAGUUCCAGAAUGAGUCUUUACUUUUCUUCUGCGAUGUUGACUUAGUGUUUACCACCGAAUUCCUCCAGCGGUGUAGAGCCAAUACAGUUUUGGGUCAACAAGUAUACUUUCCCAUCAUUUUUAGCCAGUAUGAUCCAAAGAUUGUUUAUAGUGGAAAAGUUCCUAGUGACAAUCAUUUUGCCUUCACCCAGAAAACAGGUUUCUGGAGGAACUAUGGCUUUGGUAUUACCUGUAUUUACAAAGGUGAUCUUCUUCGAGCAGGUGGCUUUGAUGUCUCCAUCCAAGGUUGGGGCCUUGAAGACGUAGACCUAUUUAACAAAGUCAUUCAAGCUGGCUUAAAAACUUUCCGAAGCCAAGAAAUUGGAGUAGUCCAUGUGCAUCACCCUGUUUUUUGUGACCCUAAUCUUGAUCCAAAACAGUAUAAAAUGUGCUUGGGGUCCAAAGCUUCAACUUAUGGGUCCACACAACAGCUGGCUGAAAUAUGGUUUGAAAAAAAUGACCCAAAUUUUGGGAAAAGCAGCAAUACUAAUGGCUCAGUGAGGACAGCCUAAUGUCCAGCUAUGCUGGAAAAGACCUUUUUUUUAAUUAUCUAAUUUAUUUUUGGGAAAAUGUUUUUUGAUAAUUCACUUUUAAAAGACCACACAGGAUAUAUUUUAGAAGUCAUCAUUGUUUUCUUACAAAGCGCUCGUUUUGCAAAGUACAAGGCCGUUGGUUUUUUUGUUGUUGUGUUUUUGGUUUCGAACAAAACUGUGAUCAAUAUUUGCCUUCAAACAAAAAAUUUGUUUAAGAGUUAUUUGACUGAUCAGCGGAAAUCUGACUUGAAUUAGAAUUUCCUUAUGAACAAAAGAUUGUUUCCUACCUUUUCCGUUGCUGUCUUCGUUGCUGGGAUUCUGUAAAUUGGGACCUGAGCGUGCAAGCCAAGUGACGAAACGCUGUAUCUAAAUGUUUUGUUGUGACUGCUACCGUGCAAAGAUUCUGCUGCUUUUCUUAAGGAUAGCCAUUAUUUUUUAAAUUGCGCUAGAACAAAACAAAUCAGUGUGGUGAUGAGAAGGGUAUUAAUUGCAGGAGGGUUGUUCUUUUUUUCCGAAUGGCUGAUUAUUUCAGUUUAAAAAUACACGCCCACUUCUAUGGCCAGACAACUUCAAGGGAGGGAAGAAAGUAAGCACAGCCUGCUGUCCAGUUAGUCCUUGUAGAAAGUGUUGUCGUCUGUAUUUGGUCCAUAUUUAUGGACUUAACGGUUUAAGAAUCCGUGGUGGGUUCUGUAUAUUAUCCUCAACCGCUGUCCUGCCUAGAGCUGAGAUGAUGUGAGCAAGAAAUACCGAAUGAGGUGGGGAAAAGGAUGGGAAACGCGAAUCUCUUGCAGCAAAGCAACAGUACGCAACGAACAAUUAGAGAUCCCUAACGAGAACUUUGGAAAAAUCUUCUAUACUGAGUGUACUGCACCUGAUUGCAUUGAUUUUCUUCAGUUGAUUACGUGAUGUUAAUGGGAACAAUUAUUACAUUUGAUUACUAGUUUUGUUUUGGGAUUAUUUUUUUCUGUAUCUGAUAGACUGUUAAUUUAUUUAAUAUCCAUUGUUUUAGGUUCUUGACCUUUCCUUGAAUAUCUGUUAGUCAUUUUAAUAUUUUUUAUAUAUAUAUAUAUAUGUGUGUGUAAAUAUAUAUAUAUAUAUUAGGAAUGUAUUGCAUCUUCUCACUGAUAAGGUAGUGUACAUCAUACUUGCAGUAAAUGAUCUCCAAAGAUUACUUUCUAAAAUAUUUUUUUCAUGAAUCUUUUUUCCCAAAUUUCUUUAACAUUUUUGGAAUGACUUCAGUAAGCUUAGGAAUUUUUUUGGUAUUCUAAGAGGAACUGGGGAUGGAGAGGCCGAAUACAAGGGAAGCAUGAUCCCGAUGAAUUAACACCUAGCAAGGUAAGAGAUAAAUAUACAAAAUAAAGUGCCUUAAAGUCAGAAAGGGAACCCUUUACACCGAGACUUAGACAGUGAAUGGACAUUGUCAUUGAAGCAGAUGAUCUCUUGGGACCUACCUACCUGUAAAUACCCUGCUCAGCAGAAACAAAAAAUAAAAACCAGCGAACAAUAUAUUUUUCUAUCGUAUCCUCCAGCACCAUUUCAUUGCUCUCAGUUCCACUUUGCCUACUCUUGGGAAGUGGAGACUAGUGAAGGAACAGAGAAAAACCGAUACUUAGGUUGUUGCCGUGUUUGAAGGGAUCUUAUGGAGUAAUUGCUAUUCCAGUAGGAGAAAUAACCAUUGUUUACACGUGUAUGGAAUAUGAACUGCAACUAGCAUAGAGUCGAUGUCUUAUAAUGUUCAUCGUUUUUUGGUGACAGUCCCAAGGAUGUAGGUACUUGGAUGGAUUCAGUGCAUGGAAAAUCUUUCUUUUUUUUUUUUAAGACAUGCUUCUAAGAUGCAAUAAAGAUUUUUUUAUUUGCAAUCAGAGCUCCUCAUGUCGUCUGCCUCAGUCCGUAUCUUUUCACGCAGCGUAGGCACAGCUGCAAAGGUAAAGCAGUUUUGGGAAGUAAGUCCAGGUAAAAGGAUCUCCCUCUUACAAAGGGUUUUCACCUCUGUGUUGUGUUUUGGCCCGGAAUAAACUUAAUGCCACGUACAUUGGCUUUGGGGAAAGGGAAGACACCCGUUCAUCAGACUCCGGUGUCCGCUCCCAUUGCUGCCCACCCUGAGGAACUCCGUGAUUCCCUGGGGCAGCUGGUCGUCUCUAACGGAGGGCUUUGACUUUUUCCUCCUGCAAAGAUUAAAAGUGCUUUUGCUGUCUGAAAACAUCCAUAACGAUACAUUCAAAAUGCACACGAUGACAAGGCUGAACAAUUGAGUAAUGCUUUAUGUAUUCUAAACACAGUAAAAAUAAUAUUAAGUGUGUCGAGCACUUAAUAGCUCUGCCAGUUUUAUCACUGUUGUUCAAUAUUGGCUUUUUUAUGUAAAACUUAAAUCCCAAAGCAAAAAUCUUAGGGAUUACAGAAGUGUUUCUUCACACUAGGGAAAGGGAAGAAAACCCAACAACUGAUAUUUGUGGCUGCAGAAAAGAGCUUGAAGAAUAUGAACCCUAAAGAACUGUACCAAAAGGUGAUGGGGGAGAAUAGGCCCUGUACUUAUACUGUAUUUAUUAACAUUUAUGAUUAUGUAGGACUUUUUUUAGCCCAUAACAGCUGGUAAAAGCAGAAUGCAUGUAAAUGGAAAAGCCGUUUAAUGAAAAGCACCCAUCUGGUAUUGGGGUGGGUUUUUUUUGCUCGGUUGCUGCAGUUGUGAUUCAGUUCCCAAAUCGCUCCAAGCAGCAUUAAAAGCAAGUUCUACACUGAGCUUGCAGGCAGCUCUUGUGGCCCCACAUCUUAAUUGACCACAUAUUUUAUGGACUCACAGCUUAAAAGUAAUCCAUUUUAAAGUUAAAGUUCGAAUUGUAACUGUCUAUGAUAAAGUCUAUCUUUAUAAAACCCAUUUUACACCAAAAUAAGCUGUAUUUGCUACCCGAGUUGUAAGGAGCUUGCCCAGGUGGAAGUCAUCGGCUGGCACCCAGCCUCUGACAAAAAUCCCUUCUGGGGCAGGAAGAUUUCACUUGCAGGUUACCCUGGCUGGUUGGUUUGCAGGGAAGUUUACUUCACGCUGAGAGGCCAGUUAGUGUUGGAAAAUCCACGAGGGUUUGUCUCCAAUCCUGUAAGAAGACCAAGGUAUGAGAAAACGAGAUGGUGUCAUCCUGGAACUGAAGAACGUGGUGACCAAGAGUCGUUUGCUGAGGUUUGCUCUAUACCGAGAUGCUUCUUCAUUAAAACAAUUAAAAAUG